UACUAAAUAGACGGGGUCGCGGAGCUCGGCUUGUAAAAUGUUAUUUGUGUCUAUUCAUUUGCCUUCGCUACAAAUGCAUACAUUUAGAAGCCGUCAGCGAUUUAACCAAAGACGCAUUCAUAAUGACUUUACGCCGUUUUAUUGCUAGGCGUGGUAAGCCGCUGGAAAUAUUUUGUGACAAUGGUCGCAAUUUUGUAGGAGCAGCUAAAGAAAUUGCUAUUUUUUUAAAAUCCUAUUCUGAUUCAGUGUUAGAUUUUGCGAUUGGAGAGGAAAUAAAAUUCAAAUUCUCACCAUCUUAUGCUCCUCAUUUCGGCGGUGUCUGGGAGGCCGGCGUAAAAUCGGCUAAAUACCAUGUUAAACGUGUUAUGGGUAACACCCACUUAACUUUCGAAGAGAUAAGCACACUAUUUGCACAGGUGGAAGGUAUCCUUAACAGUCGCCCGUUGUGUCCUUUAUCCUCUAGUCCUAACGAUUUUCUUCCCCUCUCUCCAGGGCACUUUCUUAUUGGACGACCAAUCACUGCAUUACCUGCACCUGAGCUAGUGGAACAGAAGACGACCGCACUCCAACGAUAUGCUCGUCUUGAACAAAUAAGGCAACAUUUCUGGCAGCGCUGGCACAAAGAAUACAUCUCGGAACUGCAACAACGCUCCAAGUGGCGAACAAAGUAUGGACCAGCUUUGAAGAUUGGAGAUUUGGUCCUACUUCAAGAGGAAAACUUGCCUCCCUUAUGCUGGCGUCUUGGACGAGUUGCUCGUCUCUACCAUGGACCUGAUGGUGUGGCACGAGUGGCUGAUGUUAACACAACCAGGGGCUGCCUUAGAAGACCCCUCACCCGCAUCUGCCCACUUUUGGACGACGAAUCUGUUGAAAGGAAAUCUUUCAACGCGGGGGAGGAUGUUUAGGCUUUCAUUCAUGAGAAGAUUUAUUAUUACAUAUAUUUUAAGUUAAAGUUUUAUUCUACAAAGUUGCAACACA